AUGCGCACGCGAUUCGAGGGGCGCUGCCGCUACCGCCGGCCACGAUCGCGAGACGGAUGCCGCAGACCAGCCUCCGUCUCCCUCCGACGUCGACGUGGUCAUGUGUACGGUCCUGGCCGCCGUCAAUGUCCCCGACAAAAUUGUGGUGGUUGCCGGAGUGCCAGUCUGCUGUGGACUGCUACCGUAUCGGUCGCGCGCGCAACAACUCGGCCUCCUUGUUUUUCCUCGCACACUUUUUUAACCUGUCACGAAAAAACUUAUAACAAAAACAAAACCCUGGACGGGGGAUCACUCGGCUCGUCCGUCGAUGAAGAGCGCGGCCAGCCGCGAAAACUGAUGCGAAUUGCAGGACUCAGUGAACAUCGACACCUCGAACGCACAUUGCGGCCUCGGGAUCCCUUGUCUCGGGGCCCCGUCCGGUCGAGAGCCGGAAAAUGGCAUGUCUUCUCACUUGAUAGUCGAGAGGCAUCUCACCGUCCAACGCGUCGUUCUUUCUUCAUGAAAGAAUUGCCCGUUUCUUACGCGAAGGAAACCGGGACGUCGCAGGAGGAGCCUGCUUCACUUCUCCCCCUUCGUCUCCCGCUUGAAGACCGCGGGGUCGCUUCCCUUACGACCGCGAGCAGUCGUAGAUUGCAAGACGUUGAGGAAUAA